AUGGCAAAAAAACAGGGAAAACCUUCUAAAGAGAAGGAUGUAUUUACGUCUGACGACCGUUUCAAGUCCUUAUAUAAUGAUCCACGUUUUUCCAUGCCCAAAAAGGACCAAUUUAAGAUCAAAUUGGAUGAUAGAUUCACUUCUGAUGAUAUCAAAGAUUACAGACAUUCAGCAAAGAUUGACCGAUAUGGUAGAAAGCUUAAGGGUGAGGCUGCGAACAAUGACUUUGAAAGAUAUUAUACUACCAAAGAUAAGGAACUAAAGGACAACAACUCUAAAGCAGAGGCCAAAGAUCUCAAGAAAGACGAUGAACACAGCUCCGAAAGCGAUGAAAGUGACAGUGAAGAAGAGGCAAAAGUCAGUAAAAAUUCAACAGUUGACAUUAAAGUUCAUAUUGACAAAGCGGAUGAUCAGCUUAUUGAUAGAGCUAGAGGUGAAGGUUUUUAUAGUUCCUCUGAUGAAGAUUCGUCAGACGAUACAUCUGAAGAAGUCUCCGAGGAAGAGCUUGAAAUAGAAUCUGGAAAUGUGGAGGAGGGUGAACCAUCCAAACGUCUUGCUGUUGUGAACUUAGAUUGGGAUCAAGUUAGAUCACAGGAUUUAAUGGCAACUUUUGCAGGAUUUGUCCCAUCCGGUGGUAAGAUCAUUAGGGUAGAUAUAUUACCCUCUGAGUUUGGAAAGGAAAGAAUGCAAAGAGAAGAUACUGAAGGUCCUCCUAAAGAGGUAUUCAAAUCCAGCAAGAAGUCAAAGUUAUCUCGUGCCAAUUCUUCGGAUGACGACUCUGAGUCAUCUGACACUGAAUCAGAAAUCGAAGAUCUUGCAGCUGCUGCCAAAAAGCUGUAUGAGGAAGAUGAUGAGCAAGAUUACGAUUCCAAGAGUUUGAGAAGGUAUCAGUUGCAAAGGUUAAGAUAUUAUUACGCUGUAGUGACCUGUGAUUCUAUCAAAACCGCAAAGAACAUAUACAUAAAUUGUGAUGGUACAGAGUACGAGUCGACGGCUAAUGUGUUUGAUUUGAGAUACAUUCCAGAUGAGAUGGAAUUUGAUGAUCGACCAAGAGAUUCCUGUAGUAGUGUUCCAAAAAAUUACAAACCAAAUAACUUUACAACUGAUGCUUUGCAACACUCUAAGGUCAAACUAACAUGGGAUGAGACUCCAGUUGAAAGGGUAAAGAUGGCUCAGAGAGCCUUUUCUCAAAAGGAGAUUGAUGAGAUGGACUUCAAAGCAUACCUUGCCUCCGAUUCUGAUUCUAAUUCCGAUCAAGAAAGCAAUAAGAAAAACUUGUAUAAAAAUCUUGCUAUAGAAAGUUCAAUGCUGGGAUACAAAUCCAUUUUUGACGACGUUAAGGAGAACGGGUCGGAAGAUGUGGAUAUGGAGAUUACAUUUACUCCAGGUCUUUCAGAAGCUGAAGCAUUGAAACAGAAAGCAGAGUCUGAAGGAAGAGAACUAAGCACAAUUGAAAAGGUCCAACAAAGAGAAAAGGAAAGAAAGAAACAGAGAAAGGAAAGAAUUAAAGAGCUCAUGAAGAACAACAGAGAGGCCAUCAAGGAAAGUCGCAGGAAGCCUGAAGAGACAAGAGAGCUUGUUAUUGAGAAUAAUACAGACGACGAAGAUGAUGAUGCUCAUUUCAAUAUGAAAGACAUUGUCAAAGCAGAAAAACAGAAGAAGAGAAAGGGUAAGUCUAGGACCAAGAAUAUUGAUCAAGAGAUGUUACAGGAUGAUUUCAAACCAGAUUUGAAAGAUGAACGGUUUAAAGAGAUUUUUGAGGAACAUGAGUUUGCAAUUGAUCCAACUCAAGCUCAAUUUAAAGAGACUGCAACUAUGAAAGAGAUAUUAAAAGAAAGAUCUAAGAGAAGUCAUGAAAGCAAAAUAACUAAAUCAAAGAAACAAAAGAAAGAGAAAAAAGAACCUGUUGAGAACGGUAAUGACAUUCGGAACCUGGUUAAAAAGAUCAAAAAUAAAAGCAAAUAG